AUGAGCGGUAUGCAGUCUGAAGCCUCCAACACGCAGCUCUGGGCGCCUUGCCACUGUACAGCUGCUGUAUGCUACAAAGAGGUGCCGGAACACAUCAAAGAGGUGACGGAACUCAGUUUGGGUAAGUCCCGGCUGGAAAUAAGUCCUGCUAUUAUAGUAGAAUAACUGAAUGAAAGAGAUCUGGGACAGAAAAUUCAGCCAAAGGCUAUUGAGAAGCUGGUAGUUGCAUGAAUACAAACUGUAUUUCCUGUAUGAAGCAACGUGCCCACUAGUCAUAAGCAUCACAAAUAAAUUCCCGAUGAAAAUCAUGAAAUGACCAUGACAGAGGCAUAAUCCAGCCCUUGUCUGUAUCUCAACAUGCAUUGAUGGCAAAAGUCACAGGCUGAAAACUGCAAAAUUAUGAAAGAAAGCAUGAAAGAUCUAGCAGAGUAUAUUUUGUGAUUCAGUUCCUGCCUCAAGCUCUUAGAACAGGUUUCACCAACAUGGCACCCGUGGGCACCAGUGUCCCCACCAGUACCUCCUAUGCCACCUACAAAAAGUUUCUGUAAAUAUCCCCACCCCCCGCCAAAUCCACAGUGGAUGAGAUACUGUUUGCUUUUGCUGCCUAGGGCUGCAAUCCUAUAUGAGUCCGCAACUUAGUGCAUUUAACUUGUGCACAUUCAACUUUACACACAUUGCAAAAAAUAAAAGGUGUGGGUGUUCCAGGAAAAAUGAAUUUGACAGUCCCACCCACCAUUGAACCCAAUGGGUUUUGACCAUAUGUAAUUUUGGCUUUAGGUGCGAUCCCCAGAAUGUAACCCCGACGUAAUUUGUGGACUUACUGUACUCAUUUACUAGGAAGCAAGUGAGCAUAGGAUUUCAGUCUUUCAGUGCCUGUUUACUCAGAAAUAAGUCUCAUUCUGUUUAAUGAGGCUUACUAUCUAGCAAAGUGUAGUUAGGAUCAGUCCUUUUUUUCUAGAAAAAUAGGUGCCGGUACUCACCAUGAAGUUGUUACAGUAGUGCUACACUUUUUAACAACAACAAAAAAGAGGUGCCAGCACUGCAUACCCCUUGGGGGGAAAGCAGUGGUUAGGAUUACAAACUUCAUCUGCCUAACAUGCCCUGCACAAGCCCAGACUGUUAGGAUCAAACAGCAUGAUUUUUUUCCUCCUUGUUGUUUUGCUCUACAUCCAGUGUGAAGAUGAUUUCUGGAGAAUUCAAAAGCUUGCAGGUACUUUGUGAAAUUUAGGUGGUCCCAAUAGAGAUUAUCCCCCUAUUGUGGCUUUUUGAGCGCCCUGCCCUCCAUUAGACCAACAUCCCUACCUUACAAUUUUUGUAUGUUACUCAGUUAUCUUUUCAAGUCAGCUGACACCUCUCUACUUUGCCAUAAGUACAAAGUCCAUCACAGGCGAAACAUAGACAAGAACAAAGUAGAGAUUUUCAUGGAGAAAUACUUGACAGCUACCAAGCCAUGGGCACUGCUUUCUGGAUUCAGUCCACACUACUUAUUUUGAUAAUUUGCUUGGACAGGAGGAAUAUCUGAUUUCCUUGAAAUCUACAAUAGCCUCCACUUCCCCCCAGAAACCUUAGAGGAAAGCAUACUUUCUCUUGCUAACUAUUGCAGAAAUUUCCAGAAUUGUUGCUCCUCACUCACAAGUUCCAAACAUAACAAAUAUAGAGAGAAAGACUGUGAAAUUACGUAGUUUCCUUGUGCAACAAUGCAGGGCUAUAGACUGCAAAGUGAGAGGGAAGACAAGCCAGCCAGCCAAGACAAGUCUUCCUCCUCCUCCUUUACUACACUGCUGCCAUCAAGUGGCCAUCUCUUAUUUUUCUCUGGCUGCUUCCAUUAAAACAGUGCUUUAGCCUUCUAGACCAGUGUUUCUCAAUCUAUGGGCCAGGAAAGAACAGUGGGAGUCAGCCAUAGUCCCUCUUUGCUUGCAUGCCCAUCUUCUUACAGCGUCAGCAACAGCUGCCCCCAUUCACAGUGCAUAGGCAUGUGUGCAAGCACUAGGAGUUGGAAAAAAGAGUGAGACUGCAGCACUGGAAGUUGGAAAAGAAAGACAAGGAAAGGAAAGAUGGAUGGACAGUGUGGCUGACCAAAUGUGAGGGAAGGAAAAAAACAGAAAAGAGGAAGACGUAAGUGAUGAUCAAACUAACAUGCCUUGCAGCAACACUUUCAUGACUGUUCGCCAAAUGUGGACAGGUCUCCCAAUUAAGACCCUGCAUUCUGUGAUACCUGUUGCUUCUACUUUACCUUUAAAGGUAAAGAUAAAGGGACCCCUGACCAUUAGGUCCAGUUGUGGACAACUCUGGAGUUGCGGCGCUCGUCUCGGUUUACUGGCCGAGGGAGCCGGCGUACAGCUUCUGGCUCAUGUGGCCAGCAUGACAAAGCUGCUUCUGGUGAACCAGAGCAGCACACGGAAACGCCAUUUACCUUCCCGCCGGAGCAGUACCUACAGUAUUUACUGUAUCUACUUGCACUUUGACGUGCUUCGAAACUGCUAGGUUGGCAGGAGCAGGGACCGAGCAACGGGAGCUCACCCCGUCGCAGGGAUUUGAACCGCCAACCUUCUGAUUGGCAAGCCCUAGGCUCUGUGGUUUAAUCCACAGUGCCACCAGCACCCCAUACUUUACCUUUAGCCCUUGGCUAUUUCCUCUUCAACAAUGAAGUCCAGUUACUUUGCCUAGGCUCCAAGGAUUUUUAUUAUUAUGCCUCUGUUCCACUCCCUUUUGUCUGCCUCAAUAUGUGGUUUGUUUUGGUUUUUUUAAAAUCUUUAAUAACAUUUUAUUUGUAUUCUUUUAAAUAUACAAAGAUUUUUUUGAUGGUUAUGAUCCCAUUUAUACAGGUAGAGUGAAAAGCCACCAAUCAGACUGCUAAGGAUAGGGUAAAAUGUCUUCUGCCAUUGGUCUGUCUAGCUCAUUAUUGUCUCCACUGAUUGGCAGUGGUCCUCCAGGGUUUCAGCCAGACUUUUUUCCAGUCUUACCUGGAGAUGCCAGGAACUGAACCGAAGACCUACUGCAUGAAAUUACAUGCUCUGUCAUACAGCUAUGCCCUUCCUUGUUAGUAGAUGAAUGGUCUCCAAUCCAGUUUGACCAAAACCAACCUUCAUACCUCCCUUCAGAAUACUGGAUAUCAAUACAUUUGAAAUGAAAUACCUUACUUGGAUAUAAGACCUGUUGAAUUCAGUGGAACUGCCCUUUGAAUAAAUAUCAGUAAGACUGGCAUGAUGUACCUAACUCUUUACUUUCAACUGCAAAUUGAUUACCGGUAAUUUCAGUAAGCAUGCAUCUUAGAAAGACUAACAACAAUUAUUAUGGCAUGAGUAGUCAUGGACUUCCCACUUCAUCUGUCCACAAAAGCUUGUUCCACAAUCAUUGUUAGUCUUUUGCUGUAAAGUGGUAAUCCCACUGAAAUUCAUCUACUUUACAUUAGUACUGAAAAAUGUGCAAUAGCCAUUACCAAGAAAGAAAAUGAAACCUAGGAAAUCCCAGCAGGUGGCACUCUUUGCCUCUCUAAGUGCCAAAUUCUGUUUUUCAAUCUUUGCAGUACGUGCCUUUAAGUCAUUGCCCUACAAAUAUACCACCCAUCCCACUGGAUUGUAUCUGCGAUGCAAAAAAAAGUAUAAUAAAUUCCAAACAAACAAGAGCAAUCUCAGUGUUUGAGAUUGGAGAAUAAAUGUAAAUAUAUUUAUCAGUACAUUUCAGACCACCUCCAACAUGGUUCAUGGAAGAACAGGCCCAUUCAAACAUUACAGUCACCAGGUGAAAGCUCCCAAAGGUGCCUGGGUGGUGUGCUUGAAAGGCAGAAGAGCAGCACAAACUCUAGGAUGGAAAUACGUUCUCCUAUUUGCCAGAAUUUGGAGAGAGUAGAAGGUAAUACAGGAAGUAUCCAGGGAUGUGAUCAAUGCCAGUCUAAGUAUCCCAGGCCACAGAUGCACGCAUACACAGGGGCAAGGAUCCAAAGAUUUACAUGCAUGGGUGUGCCUUCCAUGAAUGAGAUAACUCAUUUCUAUUCAUGGAAGGGACUGAGAUCCAGUAGACUCCUCACUCUCCAUGAGGAUAUUUUUGCAGGCUCCUGCUGUUGCUCCAGGGGCUUACCAGCAUUUCAGAGGUAAGGAGGAAAUGACAAAAAUCGCCUACCGCCUUCCUCAAGUGCAGGUCAGGAUCAAACAUAGUGCAUUCUACACACACAUAGGGGUUGCUCAGAUUCUACUUCUCAUUGUGGGCCCUGAUUUUCUUCUUAAAGGUGACAGGGGACCCUCUAGAGUGGUAUUCAAGUUGGCACAAAGGGCUGUGGCUGCCUACCCCUUCAUGUGCAGAUGUGACUUGGCACAUGUGAAGUGGCCUGAUUAGAUCUUGGUCAUAGUUGUCCCUUCAUCACCACCCUGGUUCUGAAUUCUACCGGCUUGGCAGCACUAAGAACUAAAACUCUUUUUUUAAAAACGAGAGAAAUAAAAGUAGUGUAAAAUUGUUGGAGUUCAGUGUUAAAAGCAAAUGUGGCAAACACCAGUGGAAAAAGGUGGGUGUGCGUAUCUUCUGUGCAUUCAAUGUAUUUACUGGAUUGUGGCUCAUGUUGCUAAAGCAAUCUUCUAAUAAACUACGCUGCAAUCUGAAGCUCCAACACUUCUGUAUGAGCAGGGGCUUCCCCCUUGAUGUUACAAGUCAGAAAAACCACAGAACCGAUUGCUUAACAGUGAAACCACAGAGAAAGUGAAACAGCAGCCAAAACCAAGCUCCAACUUCAAUCAAACACCAGUUAUAGGUGAGGUAACAGUGACUUGGGUUUCCAAAGAAACUUGGUAUCUUCCAGGGUUAUUAAACGGAGUCAACGAGUUCCUGAAUCAGUAAUACAUAUAUAUUAAAUUAGUCAAAUGAAAUGAUUGCAUAUUUCACUCUUAGCUCUUCAUUUCUUCACUGAUAGAAAUAACUAGUUAUACUUGCAAAUAAUAUUGCAUCAUUCUCCUUGAUGAGCACAUAUAAGCCAUCACAAUUAUAACUGCAGCCCAGUGAAGCAUGAGGCUGUCUGCAUGUUUGCACUUUCAUGAUUUUCUUGUUCAUCACAGCUGCCUCCUCCUACCUGCCCUCUGCCAGCUAAAACCCAAAUCAUUCUUUGAGCUCAAGGGUGGGGAGUGUGGUGGAGUGUGGUAGCUUAGCAGAAGGAGCAACUGAGUUGAAGGGAUAGCUGCCAUGUACAUUCACAACCUUUGCUCUAGUUUUUUGUGUGUUUUUUUCUUUUUUUUGCUUACACUAUAUAUUGAGAGGCAGGGCAGAAGGAUGAAAUAAAUGAAGAUUGAUUAGUCUCACAUACUUUAUGUCUUUGGUUUGGGAAAAAGACACCCUCUUAAAAAAAAAAUCUUAACUUGUCACAAAUCAAGGGUAACUUGUGAAUAAUGAAGAGACUGAAAUGCACAAAAAUAUACAAAUAUAUCAUAGCACUCAGAAAGUAUUAUACAGUAUAAGAGAAUGUAAGUUGACAAACUGAAUAAUUUAUCCCAUGAUUUAGUCAGUGCUUUUCCUUAGGCAACAGCACAAAGCGAGGUCAGGAAGAGUCAGCAGGCUGCCUGCCUGGGUGUGUGGAGUGGCUCUAGAUUAGAAUCCAAAAGCACACCACAGCGUCCCAUACAGUCUUCUUGGCUUGCCACGUGGGGCAGCAGAAUAAGAGAAGAUCUGAAGGCUCCUGGUUGAUCCUCUAGCGCUGAGAAUGUCUGACAGAUUUAUUAACUUUUAUCCUUUCUUUGCUGGGCCUAGCAUCAAUGGGUGAGUAAAUCUUGGUGAGAUAUAUCUAUAUCUAUAUCUAUAUAUAUCUAUAUAUAUAUAUAUAUGGCAGUUUUAUUACUCUAACUAGUUGAUUUGUUCUGGAAAGCAUCCUUCAUGUAUCAGUAUCUAGAUAUUGUUAGACUACAACUCCCAUCAUCAAUGGCCAUGCUGGCUGGGGCUGAUGGGAGACUGAGUCCAGACAUAUCUGGGGCAGGUGUGGGGGACGCAUACAGAUUCCCCAUCUUUGCUGUAAAUAUAGAUUUAAAGGAUGCAUGGGGUAAAAGUACAGACCUUUACAAUAUAAAGAUGUUUCACUUCCACAGUAAGAAUACAAUAACCAACAUUUCACACACUUGUUCCAACUCUUCAGAGAAAUACAGAAAGUGCUAUGUGCCAAUUACAGCUUUCCAUUAUCUGGAUAUUACUAGUUAGUAGCUAUUCUGUAUUGGUCAUUGAGUGGAUAAACACAAGCAAACAACUACAACAGCAAAAUAAAUAUUAUAAAGGACAGCUGCCCACCAUUCCAGGAUUAAAGGCUGCACUCUUUCUACAGGAAAGUCCUAUUCAACAGAGUAGGACUCUUGAGUCCUACUCUCAUGCCUAGAAUUGAGUUGCGUGUCAUUACAAACUUUUUAAACAGACCAAUCUAUGCUGCCGUAAUACUAUUUAUUACAGUUUUCUACAUUCCUUUUGGUCUAUUAUCAAAACAUCCUCUGGUCUAAACUACUGACUGUAAUAUAAAAGAGUCACACGCCUAACUUGUGUUGCCUCCAUUAUAAAACAGGGCCUUCCUUUCUUGCUUUGAUAGGUUUAAACAGUGAUAAGUCCAUUUAGUACCACAGUCACAAGAUAAGGGCAGUUAUCCUAUUCCUGGCAUACACAGUUGACUGAAUGAAGGUGAUGUAGCAAGUAUGCUGUCACCUCUCCUGAUGUCAGCUUCAGCUUCCCUAGCAUGAGGGAUUUUACCCUGAGCCAGGGAUGGCAAACCUGUCACUCCCCAGAUGUUGUCAGAUGGCACAGCCGAUGCUCAGAGAUGAUGCAAAUUGUAAUUCUACAUCUGGAGGGCCACAACCUGUUCUAGGCCCAAUAAAAGAGUGUGGUUUUUAUUUUUGAGAACUAAGCUACAGCCUCCUUCUGCCAACCAAGGAAGUUCCCAAUCCACUUGAAUUUGAAGGGGAAAGCUUGGGUUUAUCCUAAAGAUUUACCCAACUUCCUUCCAUCAAAGGCAAAAUAGAGAAGAGGUCAGCAUGUUCCUCUUUCUAAUGUCCCAUUGCUAAUUAGGUAAUUAGGUAAAUUACAAAUAUAUCCUUGCCACUACAACUUUUAAAACAGAUUUGCAAAAUGCUUUUUUCAUCUCUGUCCUCAUUAUUUUGUGUUUGUAUAUAGUAUUAUAUACACAUGCUUGCAGAGCACCAUUGCUUCUAACUAUAUAUCCUUCUCAGAACUCAAUUACAAUAAUCAUCUAACAGAAGAAUCAGUAUUAGAAGAAUAGUCUUACUGGGUGAAAAUCUAAAGGAAGCCAGGUUUUCAAGCUUGGUGAUUUCUGAAAGUCAGAUAAUGUGGAGAUUAGACAUAUGGACUGCAAAAGAUUACCCAUAUUACUAAACAUAUAUGAGAUUCUCAGCAAAGGCAUCUACAGUCUGUAAACAUAAAUUGAUGGCCAAUCUCUCCUUCACUACCAAAAAAGGAGCUACCUUCCCCUUUUUUUAAACCUUAGGCAUCUCAAUGUGGCAGUAAGUUCACGACUAUGCCUCAAAGGUCCUGGGUCAGUGAGAGCUGGCCAAGUAUUCAGUUAUAUCAUGCAUAAGAGCAAAGUAACUGCGCCUCAGCUAGGUAACAUGGCAGAUUUAAAUUGUAAAAAGCAGCCUAGACAGAAUAUAUGUGUAUGCUCUCUGUGGGUGACAGACAGGGUUUAGGCACAACAAACUAAAUAUACACAUAUUCCAAUUGGAACGGACAGCUUUGCAGGCUCACAAAAUGGAAUUUGAACACUGUAAAAUGCCAACAGCCAUGUCAGUCACAUCAAGAUCAUAAUACUCCUCAUGUCAGAUUUCUUGGAUUAGAAUAAAAACCAAUUUUGUUGUGCUGGUGGAGAAAGCAAGAAUAUUUUUGUGCCAUAACUGUUAUGGAUAUGCAGGUUUGUUACAUAUCAUGAUAGGAUGAGUUUAAACAUGUAUUACUAUCCAUUUAAUGAGCAUUAACACCACACAGAUAAGAAUUUUCAGGAGAAUAUUGUUUAAAUAUUGCAUGAUUAGUUUUUAUAAUUUUUUGUUAAUUGCUCCCAAAGAUGAAUAGAACGGCACAAGUAGGAGAAGCCAUAUUGUGGAAUGUUAUAGGGACGUGGGUGGUGCUGUGGAUUAAACCACAGAGCCUAGGACUUGCUGAUCAGAAGGUCGGUGGUUCUAAUCCCUGCGAUGGGGUGAGCUCCCGUUGCUCGGUCCCUGCUCCUGCCAACCUAGCAGUUCGAAAGCACAUCAAAGUGCAAGUAGAUAAAUCGGUACCGCUCCGGUGGGAAGGUAAACGGCAUUUCCGUGCGCUGCUCUGGUUCGCCAGAAGCAGCUUAGUAAUGCUGGCCACAUGACCCAGAAGCUGUAUGCCGGCUCCCUCUGCCAAUAAAGUGAGAUGAGCGCCACAACCCUAAAGUCAGUCAUGACUGGACCUAAUGGUCAGGGGUCCCUUUACCUUUACCAUAUAAUAUGUGAUUUAGUGUUAAUUAUUGUACAUUGCAAAAUGUAAGAAUGUUACUUACCACCCAUCAUGUUCAGUGAUUUAGAAAUGAAAAACAGCAGAAGGAAGCAAAUUUUGUCUCACAAUAUGAUUUUAAGCACUCUUACAUGGAAGGAAGUUCCAUUGAAAUCUAUAUACCUUACUGCUGCCUCUAUAUAGGAAUCCAUUUGUGUGCAGUGGUUCUUCACAAGGUCUGAAUUUUCUCCACAUUUUUGCAAAUGUAUAAAUGGAAAACAAGGGAAAGGCCUGCAAGGCUCAGAGAAAAUUGUUAGAACCAUGCAACAAUGUGCUGUACAUAAAUGUUUCAUCACAUAGGGACAGCUGCCACAUGGAAUAAUUUAAAGUGGCCUCUAUGAUGCAGAACAAAGGAAAUGUGUAACUACCCCCUGAAGGCCCUUUCUUCCCUCAAAAAAACAGCUUGGGGGGGGGUUGCAAUUUAGAUUGCUGAAGUGGCAAGGGAAGAUUAUUUAUUAUAAUAAUUGAUAUCUCACCCUUCAGGAUACAAAACCUUCCUAAGCAGCUUACAACUAAUAUUGAUAUACUUUAUUUUUUUUGGAGAAAAGAAACAACAAGCCACAUCAACAUCUAGCAAGCCAUAACGAUCCUGGCCAGGUGGACGAGGAGGUGACAUUCCAGGUGGAACAGGAAUCUGCUCCUGCUGUCUUAUUUGUGUGACGAAACAGGUCAUCUGGAAUCUUGUUGAAGUAGGUAGUGUGUUGGGGAGUGGCCGUUGUAGCAGAAAAGCACCAUGUUCUCUCAAACCUGCUUUUCCAUACAGGAAUGGACCAGUUGGGUUAGGUUACCUAUAUUUGCACACAAUGUGUAGUCUGAUCCUUACAUUCCGGGAACAAUCAGCAACUCAUCUUAGGAGACAGCACAGAAAACUUGAUGAAAUCCUGAAAAGAUCUCCACUUAAAAGUCUUAUUGGAAGAGAAGGGUCUUCAGGAGGCACCAAAAAGACAACAGGGAUGUCACCUGUCUAAUGUUUAAUAAGGGGAGGGAAUUCCAAAGGGUGGGUGCCACAACACUAUAAAGUUAACAAAACAAAAUUGAAUAUUACAGAUGCAUUGUAUCAUGUCAAAUAUUUUGGGUUUUGUGAAGAAUAUGCCUUGUUACACUAGUAUUCAGUAAACAUUACUCAAUUCCGUCUGAACACAAGUUUUUGCUUUCUUUAUUUCACUCUUAAAUAGUAAAGUACUUACAAAAAUCUCCAGAGGCCCUGCUAAGUCUGUUACGGUAAAAGUGUAUUGAGGCAUGUUAUUGAAGCUGCAGUGCUUUGUGCAUACCAGAAUGUAAGCAUGCCUGGAACAUGUUUCUUACGGUAUAAGCUUUCAUAGACUACAGUCUUCGAAGGUGCUAAUAUUUACUUACAAGAAUGGCAACUUUGUACUUUCCUCAGUCCCCCUUCAAAGAAAAACAAGUCUCAAACUGGUUACAACGAGGGACCUAAAAUGCUGUACAUUGCAAGCGCAUUAUAAACUUUCCUGAAUUGGCAAACACACACACAGUUGUGGGAUAUGGAAGAGCCAGUAUAGAGGGAAAUGAAAAAGAGAAGGGAGCAAUUACUGGACCGGGGGGGUGGGGGAGUUACAGUGGUCAUUACCGAGACAGUAUUUUCUACAUGAAAAAAGUUCCCAGUAACUGCGCGGCUUAUUGCUCUACCAGUUCAACGGGGCUAACAGUAUCCCACCCAACCACCACUUAAAAAAGUAAAAAAAGAAGUGGGAGCAUUCCUCCUAUCCACGUGUUACAGACCAAACGUCUGUACCCCUGCCCAAAUGGGUGGGAUAAGCCACCCACCUUCCCCCCCCCCCUCGGUCAAUAGCCAAUCACGUAGCAAUUUCCCUCGGCCCGCGUUAAUUUAACCCAGGUCGUUCUCCUGAUUGGCCAACUCCGUAUCAGAUUGGCAGCCCAACGGGGUUAGCGUCACUGGCCCUGAAGGAAAGAAAGAGCGCCGCUUUCGCAGGUAGCGCGCGCGAGAGAGAGAGAGGUGCGCGCGCGGCUUUGGAACGUAGCUGACGCGCUUCUCGCCCAGCGCCCCCUCAGCGACCGCUCCGGUGGUCGGAGGCGCCUAUUCUCCUGCCACCUUCCCCCUCCCCCGCUACACUUGGCUCCCCGCGUGCGCCUGCUAUUGUCCACGCCUGCCGUGCUCCUAACUCCAAACGCCCCGCUGUUCGCCGCCGGCUCGGCUCAUUGGGCCGCGUCGGUUAGAUUGGCCGGCGGCGCAGCCAAUGGAGCUCGGUUUCCAAGGUACCGGCAGGCCCCGCCCUCAGCGCUUGCGGUAACAAUAUGGCAGCGGCCGCUAUUGGCAGAAUGGGCUCGUCUUGAGAGCGGCGGCGGCGGCACUGGCGACUCUGGCACUGCAGCGGGAAAGGAGCUAUCGUGAGCGCCUGUCCUUCUCGAGCGCGCUGCUCCCUUGCCUCGCUUCCUCCGCCGCCGCUGUGGGCUGCGGCGCUCGGCCGGGGCGCCCGAGUGCUGGUAAGUAACGUCCCUGCUUGGCUUAUGAGGCUGACGGAAUGAAUGGAGGGCUGGCUGGCUGCUGUGGAAGCGGGAGAAAUGGAGAUGCGGAGAGAGACGCCCCCUCCCUCCCUCCUUGUCCUUUCCCCGGCGGGGUCCCCGUCUCCUCUCGCCAGUGCCUCGAGCCGGUAGAAGCGAGGCUGGAGCCCUGCGCUGUGCGCAUUUCGCAGGCAGAAUGAAUGGACAGGCGGUCAUCGGGAUGGGGACUGCUUUGGUGCGAGGGAGGCCGGGAAGGGAGCGGGCGAGAGAGAGAGACGGCCCACCGGGCUAGUGCUUGUUCCUACGGGCAGUAGAAGCUCCUUUCCGCCCCCCGACUCUCUGCUACCCGAGGGGCCAUCGCUCUGUUGUGAACAUCAGCUUGGAGGGAGGGGGUGUCUCUCUGUCUGUCUGUCUCUCCGCUUGAGUGUAAUCUUCUGCGCUCAGACCCGAUGUUACAUUCUCGCCGUCCAGGGAUUAGGAAGCUGGAUAAAGCUUUGGGAUAACCUCUGGCUGCUGUGCCUCUGGCGCGAUGCGGCCGGUGUGUGUGCAGCUGCGAGGAAAACAUUCGCACAAUGGCAAGGAGGAAGAAAGGAAGAUAAUCGUUUGUUCUCCCAGAAAGGGUAUAAUGGCACAGAUGGAUCAGAGGGAUUUUGGUACAGCCCCCCCAACACACACACACACACACACGAGUAAUCCUUUCCCCAACCUCUCAUUUGCAUCUCAAAUGCUCUUGAGAUCAAAGCCCAUAAACUGUCCAUAGGAGCUAGCCAGUGUAAUGUGGAGUGUGCCUCUUAAACGUGUGGUGGAGUCACUGAUGUGCUUGUGUGUUAUGGUCCCCUCGUUUUGCGACAUUGCCACACCGCUAGUACUGCUGCAAGCUGCUUGCGAUGUCCUGUCCCAUUGGAGAAGGGGGGAGGGUUGCUUUUGUUUAUAGACUGCAUCCUUGGACAUAUUUGGUGAAUAGUGUUUAGAUUCAAAUACUCAUAACUCAGGCAGGAGGUGGAUGUAGGUGACAUAUUGCUAAAGAACCAAUGCUUAUGUAGUCAAUUUCCAGAGAUUUCUUCCCGGUCAAUGAUUGGACACAUGUAAAUAUGGAUGUAGUGAGUUUUGAUGGUUUGAUUGGACAACGCUGGAUAUCUGGGAUGCUCUGCAUAAUUCAUCCUGCUUUCAUGAGGAUUUUUUAAAAGCCCAAAUACAGCCAGCACAAAGACCCCGAAACAUGGAUGGUUUAGAAAGUUCUCAGUUCUUUGGCUGUAAUCCUUGUCAGGGAAUAAGCCCCAUUUAAUUCAGAGGGAAUUACUUCAGAGUAAGUGUGUAUAGGAUCGUGCUGCAUGCUAUGUAAAAACUUGUAAGCUGUUUGUUGUGACAACUGAAUCCCAUCAACAUGGAAAAUUAGUUUCACUUGAGUUUUUUCCCCUUUUUCUUUUAAAUUACUCUCCAGCUUUCUUGUCAGAUCAGUUACAUUGUGUCAGUGAAUGCAUUUUAAAUAGCUGUAGAUGGAUGCCAUGGAAAGUAAUAGGAUUUGAAAAUUAACAUAACUUCUCUCUUUCUUGCUUGGAAAGAACACUUCUCUGUGGAAAUACUCAGUGCUGCUAAGACAUGCCAAAUUACUUGACAAACUAAAAAACAAGUCAGAAUUUAAUGUCUGUCUUUAAGUGGGUAUGUAGUUUAAGAAGGUAACGUAGUUCUGCUGUAAUUUACAUUUUGUAAGUCUGCUGCAUGCUGUGUUCUGUAUUGUGCACCCCCCCACAAGUGCAGCUUGCUUUGUUUAAGGAACGUAUUAGUUGCAGAUGAUGCAAUGCAUAUGUAUAGUGUGUUUAGUAAAUAUGAAUAUAUAAGAAGAAGCUUCAGGGGAAAUAUGUUGCAGCAUUGUUAUUGAAAAUUAAAAUGUACCAGCCUGUUCAGUGUAUUGGGUUUCAGAAGUAUGUGUACUGUAUACAUGUUCAGCGUGGUCCAGUCUUGCAAAUUUUUACAGUACAUAAGUAGAUGCUUUGUGUAUUUGUAUCCUAUAAAUCUAUCUUUGUAGAGUAGUGUAGCAGGCUAAUCUUUUAGACCUCAUUCCUUCAAACAGAUGUAGGAAUGGAAUCCUAGCGUUUCUUUAUCUGGUAGCUUCAGCGUGCUGCUAUGAUAUAGCGUACAAAUGAAUGAAUGCAAUGUUGUUUCCAUACACAGAGUUCUCUGCUCCCCACCGCCUUCUAAUGUAAAGAGGCUCAAGGUAAGGAACAACAUGGAUGAGUGUGUUUUUGAUUGGAUACUAGAGGAUUGUGUGCUCUUCUCAGAUGGGGAAGCCGGAAGUUGAGACUGACUUUCUUCACUUUUGGUGAUAAAGUGGAAACCAAUCUUUUCUUGUGGUGCACCUGAGUCUGAAAACUCACUGGUGCUCCUUUAUCAGUAUGAAUCAAUGGGUGAAGAGAUGGACUGCAGUGUUGGGGAGAGUUAUGGUUCAUAUGUUCUAUUGUUCACAAUACCCUCUUUCUGUAUUGUGUGUGCCUUUACUAAGAGUCAACAGGGAAGUGUUCCAUUUCUCAAGCACAUGAGAUUGAGUUCUCACAUACGCGUCCCUUGUUCAGUGACCGCAACUAUGAUUCCUUGACUGCAUUAAUAUAUAAGAGAGCCAUUAUAGAUCAAACCAAAGGUAAGGCUUUCAUAUCCUCUUACACUUCAUACAACACAAUACAGUAGAACCUCUACUUACGACCGCCUCUACUUGGGCCCAAUCGAAUUCGUGACCACAGCAAACUCGGAAGUACCAUAUUUUUCCAUGUAUAAAACUAGCUUUUUUUCCUAAAAAAUAAUGUCAGAAAUUAGGGGGUGUCUUAUACACGGGGCCAUCUCCCCCCAUUUUCUUAAAUCUGAGUCCCCCAAAAUAGGUGGCAUCUUAUACAUGGGGGCGUCUUAUAGAUGGAAAAAUAUGGUAAAUACCAGGUUUGCCACAAUUUGCGCACACGCAGAAGCGGCUUCUGCUGUUUACGCAUGUGCAGAAGUGGCUGUCGCCGUCUGCACAUGCGCACAAUGGUGCUUCUACUAGUGACCUGUUUCGCCUAAAGGACGGGCCACCGGAACAGAUUAUGGUGGUAAGUAGAGGUUCCACUGUACUCAUCAGUGGCAUUAAUUCCCAUGUUGAACAGCAAGUGUUGGACACAUCAUGUUCUGCACGUGUGAAUUGAGCUUUAUUCAUAAAAUGAACAUGUAGCUUCCAACUAAUCCAUAGUUUAGAGAGGCUACCAGCAGGUACUUAAAUAACCAGAGAUAUGAAAGCUCACAGGCAUGAAUCUGUCAUGGACUUGCUGGAUGCAAAGGAAUGGUGGGAUACACCAGCUGGGGAACUCCCAGGAGAAGAAGGCUCAGAGCCAGGGGAUUGGUGGUGGGGCAAUGAUGUGUGGUCAGAGGAAGAAGGAGCAGACUGGGAGGAGGAGGUGUUGGAAACAGAAGAGGUAGCAGGGUUUAGUGAGCAGAAAGAGACUGUGGCAGAGAGCAGUUUAGACUCAUGGCUGGAGAGGAGGGUGGCCAAGGGGCAAGAGUUGAGACAGGCUGUUGAAGAAUCCAGGGAGUCUCCCCCUCCUGCUGCAACCAGCUCUCUUCCCCCCAUGUCUCCUAGAACAUGCAGAGAAAUGAAGAGAGCAGAGCUCUUUUUGGUUGUACACAGACAUAGUUUGUGACUGUGUGGGAAAUACCCUCGAGAGGAGGAGCCUUAGAGAGUGGUGGGAAGAUGGGGACCUUUAGUCCUUGCAACUGCCUCAUUGGAGCAGUACCUACUGGGAAGAGUUGCUGCGCUCACUAGUCAUGCACUAUUAUGGUUUCUUUGAAUAAAUAAAUAAUUAACUGUACUUACACCUUGCUUUUUUAUUGCUGACCUAUGCUUGACUCUGACAGAAUCCAUUAUUUCCUUUUGUAAUGAACCUAGAUGUGCUAGGCGGAAAUAGCACUAAAAUUAGUUCUGUGGCUUAGGAUGCAAUCCUGUAUGCGUAGUUUCCUGGGAGAAACUUGACUUGCUUUCGACUAUACAGCAGGGGUGGGGAACUUCAGGUCCGGGGGCUAAUGCAGCUUUCUAAGUCUUCCUGUGUGGCUCUCAGGACUCUCCCUAGAUCACACCAUCUCAGGCCACACCCCUUGCUGACCUCCGUAAGUGCUUUUGCUUGGCUGAGAUCAAUCCAUGAACUGUGAUAAUGCCAUUUGCUUGCUUGGAUGGAGAUAUGUAGGUAUGAGUGUGUGUGUGUGUACCAAUCUUUUGCCUGGGUGGAAUGUACCCUACUGUACAAAUGAAAGAGUCACAUCCAGGGCUCUGUCUUAUCUUCCCCUUCUACCUCCCACUGUCAUGUGACCCCUGGAAGGUUUCCCACAAGGGAACACGGCCCUCAGAUUGAAAAUAUAGCUGAUAUAGCUGAUAUACAGUAUAUUUCAAGAAUAAAACAGUCACUCACGUUAAGCCUUGCUUUUUGCUUAGCAUGUAAUGCAGGAAGAGACUUGCUUAGGUUAAACGGUGGGGGAACAGAACCCUUGCAUACCUGGCAGCAGACUGUGGUACCCAGUUCUGGAACCUUCUUUGUUCUGGUAUUAAAACAAAAAUUGACUUGCUCUUACACUCAAUGAUAUAUUAAAGGGAUGCUUGGAGAUUACAGAGCUUUUGGGUCACAGUAAAACCACAGCUGUUAACUUGUCUGAGGAUUACACUGGGGAUAAAUUCACGCAAACUUGCAAGAGUCUGGAGUUUUUAUGUUAAAAGUAACCAUGUCAUUAAAAACAAUAUGUGACCAUUACGGCAUCGAACCCAGCUGAAAAACAGGUACUUAUCUAACAGGAGACUGGCACUUCGGUGUUUUGCCAGGGGAUCACUUGCCGCUUUAACGUUUGCGUGUACAUACUACUGCUUCCUAGUCUCUGAUUAGAUCUCUUCUUCCUGUGUUUUUGAAACUGGCAGAAACGUUUUCAAUAACACUUCAGCACUAAGAUAAAUGAUUCAAGAAGGUUGAAUGACACUUGCUGUCAUCUUUACUGUUAAGAACCCCAGCAUGGGCGAAGCUGAAAUGAUCCUCAGGGAAAUCCCUCCUGCACACUGCUCCUUGAUUAUAACCAUGUAAAACUUGCACUGUGCUAAUGUGGGCUGCUCUGUUGCGGCAAAUGGGGCACUGCCCCACCAACUCCCAGAUUAAUAAUAAUUUUUCAAUUGAUGUUAAUGAAUGGAGACAAUCCGUAUACUGCUUUACACAUGCAGUUCAGUUUUCUGUAUUAAAAUGAGACACACAAAUCCGCACGUGCCUUUGAGCAUUCAGAGAAGACUUGACCCUGACAAUAGGCCAACAUUUUUUCAUGAGAAAGUAGCCCUGUGGCUGAGUGUCACAGUUACCCCAGUUUGUCCAUUAGGGCACAUGGGAUAAUGACCCACCACCAACCUCAUUCUGCCCUCAGCCAGCCUCCAGCUGCCUAACCUCUUACUGAGAACCAACCCAGGAGUUGGCAAUGCCUGUAAGCUUCCUCUUCUUUCUUAGCUUCAGGGUUGUCCUUGUAGAACUCUGCAGGGAGGAAGACGGGGACAAAACUUGAAUUAAUUCGCUCUGGCUCCGCCUACCACUAGUUUCCCAGCCUUCUGCCUUACUAGUCCCAAUGGGCCCCAGCCACUGUUGUACUGUGCAAAACAGAUGGGAGAAUUGCCAGGCCUGCUCAAUCAAGGCAUUUGGAUGUGUCUGCAUUUAUCACUCAUUUUGAGCAUAUCCUUCCUCUACUUCGCUCCAUUUUAGCUGUUUGUUACACAAGCGAAGGAUUUAUCUUUUGCUAUGGCAAUAUUCAUAUGAGCAUAGGUAAACAAUAUUGGGUACUUCUGCAAAGCUUGUUAAGGAACAAGUGACUCACUGCUCUCUCCUCAAAGAGGAUCUUUCUCAUUUGGAGGAAUGGUUAACUUUGAUUUAAACCUUUUUUUGUGUACAUUGGUUUCUGUUCUCUCUUGGACAGAGUGUUGCUCUGUUAACAGUCUCAACAUAUGUAGGGCAUGCUAUUUUAAAAUGUGGGUGAAAUCCAGUGUUGUGCAGGUGGGUGUGCACUUCGAGACUUCACUUUCCUCUCCUCCCCCAGUUGCCUUCAAGAUCUGUUCUGGAGGUGCCCUCCAGUUUUCUGGAGAAGAUUUGGAGGGCUGCAGAGUGAAGAAGAGCAAGGAAAGCCUUGGAUACAGGCUGCACAUUUUUACUUGUGCUAUUUUUGUUCAUCAGCAUUUUAUGUGCAAUGCAUAGUGCAGUUGGUGGGGGGAGAGAAUAUAAGGGAUUUCUUUUGCACACAGAUACUUCAUGUGCAGGCUUGAAGAAGUCUCUCUGUAAUCCAGCUGUGGCUAUAGAAACUUAGAAGGUUGGGAGAACAGGAGGCAUGUUAAGCUGAAAGGUAUAGCUUCGUGUUAGGACUUUGUAGUUUCUGACAGUGAUCUUAUGAUCCUAUGUUUGUUUAUUCAAAAGAAAACUUCACUAAGUACAGUGGCAUUUAAUUUUUGUGUAGGACUGUAGCCUUGGUUUCUAUAACAAUAUAUUGCAUUUAUUGUAGAUCUUCUUUAUUUUGACAUUUAUUUUAUUGUUAUAGGUUAUAUGUUCAUAUGCAACCAAAUUUAUAAGUCAAAGCAAGUAUAUUUAUAUUUUUUGAAUUUAAAAAACAAAUGAUAAAACCCCAAACGUCUUGUUUUUAUCCCUCUUCUCAGGUUUUCCCUCAUUUCUUACCAAAUGAGCACACACACAUAUAUUACGUUACCUACUUGUAAAAUUGUACAAGUGGUGAGUUUUGGAUUUCAGUUCCCUGAACAAUAAGAUAUGACUGGCAAUGCAUUUUGUUUUAUAAUAAAGUAAUAAAUUGCCCCUUGCCAAUGCCUUUUGAGAUGUUCUGGGUUAAUCAUAUUUAAAUGGGUUCCUGAAAACUAUUUGUGUGAUCUUCGUUUACUUGGGAAUAGGUUGCACUGAUUCAUGCCCACCCCCACAGUUUAUAUACAAGGACAUGUACAAAGGAUUAUAGUGUUGGGGGUAUUAUGUAUUUAUAGGAAAAAUGUUUUGGGGAUAUUAUGAAUUUUUAGGGGGAGAAAUGUAUUGCCCCUACUGUAAUAAAAAUGGCAAGGAUCUACCACCUCUAAAUCAGUUGCCUGUCCAUGUCAAGGCCACAUAUCCACCAGCUUCUUGUUUGCAGAUCCAUUUGUGGGGUCUGGAAUCUGGGAGUGGCUGUGACAGCUUUCCCAGAGCACAGAGUGCAUUUGAACAAGCCCUCUCUGAGAACUGAGAGAUGAACAUGGAUGCCAUGGGGAAUGGGGAGGCUAUUUCUUCCCCUCCAACGUUUCAUACUCCAUGUGUUUUUCUUCUGCGCCCCAUAAAAAUCAAGAGUACCUAAUUGUUUGCCAACUCACAUAUUUUGACUGCUCUUGAUAAUCAAGCAAAAUCUGUGGUUGCUCCUGACUCUUGCCCCUUCCCCUACUUGUUUGAAGGGCAGGAUCUUGCCUCUGACAUUGGUUCUGCUGCUUCCGAGUGCCUCCAAAGUUCUGCACGACUGAAGAUACAAGAGUUCGCUGCUCACCUGCGCAGAAGAGUAGAACCACAUUCCUGUGCUCUCAUUAAGUUUCAGAAGCACACAGAAGCUCAACACAAGGCGAUCAAGGUAGAUCAAGGCGAAGGCUGGUAACUUAAGUUAGGGGCCUGCAGAAGUGGUAGGACUGCUUGCUGCCUCUAAAACCAAGUGAGAGUUACGAACUGCUGACUGCUUCUCUCUUUGGACUAGAGCAGGAGUCUACAGAAUAAAGUAUGUGCUUGCCACUGACAAGUGCAUUUGGACAUUUGCUGCUUCUUGGCUUUAUUAUUAUUAUUAAGGGGUGACUGUUUGACCUGGGUUCUUGAAGGUUUUUUUUUUCAUAUGUUAAAGAUCUGGCCUUUACCUUGCUGAGAAUCUUUCCCUUUCCCCAACCACUUUGGCCUCCCCUGUUGAAAUUUGAAAGGGACCCAAUCUGUUGGUCAGAGUCUAAUUGAGCCAAGUUGUUUUUUUUUUUUAAAGGAUGUUGGCUUAAACAAAAUGAUUCUUUGGGGUUCAGGGAGCCAUGACGAGGCAUGGUACUGCUUUAAAUAUAUAGUGCAGAUGAGGCCUAUUUGCUUGUUGUAUGGUAAUGAAAAUAAUGGUUUGCGUGAUAGUUUGCGUAUUUUUCCACAGAAACAUCCCUUCAGGGACACUGCUCCUCUUCUUAGAGUUUCUCUACUCAAGAUAGCACUCAAGCGCACAUAA